AUGACAGCAACAAACAACAACAGCAACUUUAUCAUUUCUGAUGAAAAAGUUAUUGAUUCAUUAGCUGAGGAAUUAGUUGUGGCAGAAACUAAAACCCUCAACGAAAGAAUUGGUGAAAACAAGAUUGAUUUACGUAAACCUAAACACGAUGGAGGAAGAGGAAGGAAAACUGGUAUGGCUUUAUUAGUAAAUAAAAUUCAAAAUUUAACUAUUAUAGAUGUUGAUAUCAAUAAAUCAUACAAUGAUGAACUUAAAGAAACAGUUAGAAAAGAUAUUUUAUCAAAACUUUCGGAUAAAGACGUUAUAGUUAAAACCGCUUCAGGAGGUCUUCACAUUUAUUGCAACACUAAUUUCUUCUAUACAGUUUCGAACAGAAUGAUUAAAUGCUAUUCCUGCAAUGAUUAUGAUAUCGAUAUCAUGACUUCAAUGGAUGAUUCAAAGCGUUCAUUAGUGAUUAUGGCUGAUUCAAGAGUUCGCAAGAAUGCAACAGAACCAAUCAAUACAUACUCAUUCAUUCGUGGAAGUUAUGAUUCAACAUUAACUAGAACAGUGAAUGAUAUAUUAAAUGAUUUGAAUAUUAAGGUAAGAGUUGAACAAAAGAAUGAAGAAAUAAAGACUAUCAUGAAUGAAAACAAAGAUGUAAACAUUGACGAUAAACUUGCCCAGAGCAUAGUCGAUGGUAUUAGUGAUUUUGAAGUACAUAAUGACGGUGGAAACAUGAAUUUAGAAAAAGAAAUAACAUUAUUUACACUGUUUCAAGCUAUUAAUUCAUUACCUGAUCAUUUAAUUAAUGAAGCCUACGAUAACGUUUAUAACUUCUGCAGUUUAACAGAAAAUGCUAAAAGUAAUUUUGAAAAAGCACGUAGUAGAUAUGCACAUUUAAUGACUUCUCCAUUUGUUUUAGUGAAGAUUCUAAAACUUUAUCAAAAGGAAUAUUAUGAUGAAUACGUUUUACCUUAUUACGUAAGCCAAAAAUAA